UUUCCUCGUAUUCGGCACGGCAACAUUUGCAGCAGUACACUAUGUCUCUCACUCCAGAGCAGGUCCAGAUCAUCAAAUCGACAGUGCCCAUCCUCGUUGAGCAUGGCACUACCAUUACAACUCGAUUCUACCAGAACAUGCUCAAUGCGCACCAGGAGCUGAAGAACGUAUUCAAUAACGCCCAUCAGAUCAGUGGGAAUCAACCCCGCGCGCUGGCUCACGCGCUGUUCGCCUACGCCUCGAACAUUGAUAAUCUCGGUGCACUCGGCCCAGCAGUCGAGCUCAUCUGCAACAAGCAUGCAUCGCUCUACAUCCGUCCCGAACAAUACGACAUCGUGGGCACGUACCUCCUCGCAGAGAUGAAUGAUUUUCUUGGUGAUGCCUUUACGCCCGCCAUCCACGACGCUUGGGCAGCCGCCUACUGGCAGCUCGCAAAGCUGAUGAUCGAUCGGGAGGCGCAGCUGUACAAGUCUGCGGACGGCUGGACAGACUGGAGGCCGUUCAGGAUUCAGCAGAAAGUGCGCGAGAGCGAGGAGAUCACGUCGUUCUACCUUGUACCGGUCGAUGGCGGUAAACUUCCGAAAUUCUUGCCGGGGCAGUAUAUCUCGGUGCAGAUGGAGGUACCGGACUUGAAGACCUUGCAGGCGAGGCAAUAUUCGCUGAGCGAUGCGCCUGGCAAGGAUUACUACAGAAUCAGUGUUAAGCGGGAGACCGGCGUCGACAUGGCCAACCGUGCCUCUAUAGCCCACCCCGGCUACAUCUCCAACAUCCUGCAUGAUCAUAAGCAGGAAGGCGACAUCAUUCGGGUCUCUCACCCCUACGGCGACUUCUACUUUGACCCCGCCGCAGGACCUGCAGACGCUCCCGUCGUUCUCAUCUCUGGCGGCGUCGGCCUUACUUGUCUUACCUCCAUCCUCAAUACGCUCACCGAGCAGCACACAUCGCGCCCGAUCUCGUGGAUCCAUGCGGCGCGCACGCAGAAGGUCCGCGCAUUCGUAGAUCACAUGUCGGACGUCGUCCGUGAAAACAGCAACGUUCACACGGUGUUCUACACCACGACGCCCGCUCCGGAAGACGUGCGGAGCAUGCAUUACCACCACGCGGGGCGCAUGGAUUUGGGAAAGCUUGAUCGAGAGAAGGACCUGUUUGUCAGCGAUAAGAGGACGCAGUACUUCGUCUGCGGCCCUGUGUCGUUCAUGGUCGAUAUGGAGAGAGUGCUGAAGGGAUAUGGCAUCGAGGAGGGUAGGGUUCACGUAGAACUAUACGGGACAGGAGGCGUACCCAAGGCAUGAGCGAACAUCAUGAUCAUCGGACUAACCUUCAAAUAGUACCUGUAAUGUAUUUGUGCGUACCGGCCAUGCCUGUAUCAUUAGAAUGCACGAUAUCUCCUCUCAUUGCAUCUCGGUGUAAUUGACGCGAAUC